AUGAAUUUCACCCAGCAUCAUGGGACACUCCAGCCUCUCCAUUUCUGGAACCACAGCAACGGACUGCACAGGGGUGCCAGCGAGCCCAGUGCAAAGGGCCAUUCCUCGGGAGGCUGCUACGAACAACUCUUUGUAUCCCCUGAAGUGUUUGUGACUCUGGGCAUCAUCAGCUUGCUGGAGAACGUCUUGGUCAUUGUGGCAAUAGCCAAGAACAAGAACCUCCAUUCACCCAUGUACUUCUUCAUCUGUAGCUUGGCAGUGGCUGACAUGCUAGUGAGUGUAUCUAAUGGAUCAGAAACGAUUGUCAUCACGCUGCUAAACAAUACAGAUACAGAUGCACAGAGCUUUACCAUAAACAUUGACAAUGUCAUUGACUCAGUGAUUUGCAGUUCCCUGCUUGCAUCAAUUUGCAGCCUCCUCUCAAUAGCAGUGGACAGGUAUUUUACUAUCUUUUAUGCCCUCCAGUACCAUAAUAUCAUGACGGUCAAGCGCGUAGGGGUCAUCAUCACAUGUAUCUGGGCUGCUUGCACUGUCUCAGGCAUUUUGUUCAUUAUUUACUCUGACAGCAGUGUUGUCAUCAUCUGCCUUAUCAGCAUGUUCUUCACCAUGCUCAUUCUCAUGGCAUCCCUUUAUGUUCACAUGUUCAUGAUGGCUCGGAUGCAUAUCAAGAAGAUAGCAGUUCUACCAGGGACUGGCCCCAUUCGCCAAGGGGCCAACAUGAAAGGGGCCAUCACUCUCACUAUACUGAUUGGAGUUUUUGUUGUGUGCUGGGCCCCGUUUUUUCUGCACCUCAUUUUCUACAUCUCCUGCCCCUACAACCCUUACUGUGUGUGCUUCAUGUCCCACUUUAACUUCUACCUCAUCCUCAUCAUGUGCAAUUCCAUCAUUGAUCCUCUUAUCUAUGCAUUUCGGAGUCAGGAGCUCAGGAAAACAUUCAAAGAAAUUAUAUGCUGCUGUAGCUUGAGAGGGCUUUGUGAUUUGCCUGGCAAGUAUUAG